AAGGUUAUUCCAAAAUAUCUUUCAUUAUGCAUUAUCAUUGCAUUACGAUCCAUCCCUUUGCUGACCCAUCGGUGAUGGAAUGUUUGGAAUCAUCAUCAGUGCGCCGGCCCACGCUGUAUCUAGAAGGGACGUACAGCAAGCAAUAAGAUUCAAGCAGCAAACCGGCCUUAGAAAAACCCCUAAUUAUAGUUCAUCGCAAAGAUAGCGUGAGCAGCGACUCCAACCGUUACUUUCGAACCAUGGUUAAAAGAGACGUGCUGGUGGUGGGUGUCCCCUCCAUCCUAAUGUUUCUGCUUCGAGUAUUACGCAACUAAUCCCCGCCACCGUUUCGAAAACACCGGUAAAGUGGCAUCCCAAUCGGUGGAGCCUGUGCAAUUCAUCCAUCCAGUGUACGAGGGACCUUCUGCAGGUCCGUUACUCACAUCGCGACGGUUUAGCGAUUUUUAUUUGAGACAAGCUACGAGGUACCAGUGAGUUCGUAAUGUCAUCGCGUUCUGAAGCAGUACUGCUGGUGCUGCUAUACCUCGCAGGAUCAUCAUGGUGCUGCAUUUGCGUUCCGGAACGUUUCUGCCCUGCUCCGGAUGUUGAUUUGCGUCUCGUCGACGGUGAUCCCCUUGAUUGCCCACCAGGGCAGCUGUGCUGUGAUGAUCCGAUAGUACCUCAAUCUGCUAGUGACACUGCCGGACAAAAUUCGCCAAACCCAUGCGAUGGUAUGUGCGUAAUGAACGAAAGCCAAUGCCCAGACUCCGAUUGGUACGACGAGUAUGGUUCGGAUGCGCUCGAUGUACGGCUCGUGGCGGACGGUGAUGAGUGUCCUCGUGAUUAUAUCUGCUGUGGUGCUACUGCCGUGCCUCCCAAAGUGCCCAAACACUGUAAUGGAACUUGUGUAGCGUCUACCAUGUGCACAAUGUUUGAACCGUCCGGUAACGCGGGCUGUCCGGGGGAUCAGGUGUGCUGCCGAAUGAAUCGCAUAUCGUGGACGGAGCUCGUGAACGAUAUCAACUCCAUGGAUUUAGGCCACACAAACAAGCCACCGAUCGUCACAUCUGAUCGUUGUUUUACGACGGGGAAUCCCUCUGUGCCAUCAUGGCUACUGUCCAUCUGGGCCGGGGUAGAGGUAGCACAGGGCUUCUUUAGCGAUCAGUACCGCUGCGCGGGGGCACUUCUUUCGCCGGACCUUGUGCUUACACUGGCAAGCUGCGUGGAGGGAACAUCGCCCGACCAGCUCUUUGUGAACCUUGGUGAUUAUGACCUUUCGAACCGGUUUUCGCUGCAGGAUAGCAAUAUACACACGAUCGCGAAGGUAACCAUUCACGAGGACUACGGCGUGGAUCCAGUUCGCCGGAAUGUUGCACUGUUGCAGCUGACCAGCAAGAUCCGACGCGGCUCAUCGUCCUGUUUCGCAAGCUUCACCAACGGGAAGCUGCCAACGAGCGACGGUUGUUACAUCGUCGGUUGGAACAAGGAUGCACUCGCUUCCGGAACGGAAGCAGCAGUGCCUCGACGGUACCAAACGACACUCGCUGACUGUAGACUGUCCGGUUUGGUUUGUUUGGCGAAUGGUGCAAACUGUGACGAUCGCUCGAUGAGCAGUGCCGUGUUGCUGUGCGAUCAAGAAGGUGGAGCGAUGGCCCGAUUACACGCAUUACUAACUAGCAACUGUACGGCCGUACCAUUGCAGAGCCUCACGAGCUGGAUCGAUCAUCAGCGCGAUCCAACGUUUGUCCAGAAGGCAGAACCGCCCGUACCUUCGCGUAACUAUCUUCCGUUGUAGUGUCCCUUGGUCAAUAAAUACGCCCCGCAACUACACAG